AUUGCCAUGGUUGCCUCAAUAGAAAAGUUCCCUGACAUUGUCCUCCAACAAUUGGCUUAUUUGCUAGAUCCUCGGGAUAUAUUCUCAUUGUCUCUAGCCUCGAAGGAACUCUAUUACAUCUUCUCUAACAAUACGCUGUGGAAAGCGAAGACUGUGCAUGACUUUGGAAAUCUUUUUCACGUUUACACAAUUUUCACCACCUCCACUGGACUUGACCUUGGUGAUGACUUGAAACAAAAGUUUGGAAAGGAACCUGAAAACUGGCACACUUAUUACAUUACUAAGAAUGCAUCUAUCGAUGAGACCAAUAAUGACGAGUUGAUGGAUCAAGCAGAUAAAGAGUAUACAGAGGCACAGGCAUAUCUCAAAACAUUUCAGAAUGAUGGGGAUAUUCAGGUUUUAAGUCAGGUAGCUUCCAAAAUGAUACGUAUUCUUGAUAUUUUCCCUGGCCAUUCUGGUUGCUAUUACAUACUUGGGUUUAUCCUCUUUGUACUCAACCAGCUUGAAGAAGCAAUGAUACUGUUACAGAUGGGACGUGCAGCAGAUCCAGAUUUCGAGCCUAUUGAUGAUUUGGAAGAAGAGAUCGAAAACAUAUUAUCUGGCUAUAAAGGAGAUGAAUAUGAACCUCCGUUGCUGGAUAAAGACUCUCUUUCACCUGCCUUGACAGAAGUUCUCCUCGAGAUUUUUGACACUUUCGAUAAAGACAAUGACAGUGCUCUUAAUCCUAAAGAAUUAGAUAGCUUUAUUUUUACAACUAAUGGAUCUCACCCACCAGCGGCUUUCUUACGCCAAAUGGGUCAGAUGUUUGAAAGCAACGCAAAAGGUUGGUUGAAUAAAGACGGGUUUUUGAGCUUUUACUUGAGGCAGACACUCGAUGAUCCUUCGGAAACAAGAAAUGAUCUUGGUGUUCACGGCUAUGAUCCUCAUAGCUUGAAGAAACGCAUGGAGGAAUAGACUGGAAAAAUGUGUUGUUGGUUUUUUGCGUGUAGCCUACCAUACCAUGUUCCUUUGUAAAUUAUACAAUAUUUAAUAAACAAUUUAUAUUAUGUG